AUGGAUCUGGUGGCGCCGACACCCGUAGUGAGUGGCGCUGGGCUGCCGUACCCGGUCACGGUGGACGAGCUGAUCCCGCAAGUCGGAGACCGCGUCAGCAGAGGCGACAGGCUCUUCGCUUACAAGUUCUGGUACGUCGUCGAGUUGGCUGGCGUCGACGCAGCUGCCGAGGGGGACUCUGACGGUACAGGAACCACGGCGAAGAAGUCCGUGAGGGAGUCUGUCGAGUUCUUCGAGAGCCCCUUCGAGGGCACCGUUGUGUCGUGGGACGUCGACGCCGGGGACGAGAUCCCCGGUCCUGGCGCGCCGCUGUGUCUGCUGCGCAGACCGUGCAACCACGACGUAGUGUACAACGGGCUGUGUACGCUCUGCGGGAGGGAAGUGGACGAGUACGAAAUCCAAGCAGCAGCGGCGGCCAGUGGAGGCGUCGGACCUAACCUUACCGUCUCGCACAGGGACACGAACUUGCAGAUCAGCAGGGUCGAAGCACAACAGCUGGACUUACAAUUGCAACAGAGGCUGCGCGCUGCGCAGAAACUCGUGCUCGUGGUAGAUCUCGACCAGACGGUCGUCCACUGUGGUGUUGACCCGACCAUCGGCGAGUGGAAACGCGACCCAAGAAACCCGAACUACGAGGCCCUCCGGGACGUCCAAUCUUUCGCCCUCGAGGAGGAACCCAUAUUGCCCUUCUUGUACGUUGGCGGGAAGAGACCCGCGCCGAGGAAGUGCUGGUACUACGUGAAAGUGAGACCCGGACUCAAACAGUUCUUUAAGAGGCUUGCGCCCUUGUUCGAAAUGCACAUCUACACUAUGGCCACACGCGCCUACGCGCUCGAGAUUGCAAAGAUCAUCGACCCAGAUAAGUCUCUCUUCGGUGACCGAAUCCUCUCCAGGGACGAAAACGGGUCCCUUACACACAAGUCCCUCGAAAGACUGUUCCCCACGGACCAGUCCAUGGUCACCGUCAUCGAUGACAGGGGGGACGUUUGGAAUUGGUGCGCAAACCUCAUUAAAGUUGUUCCUUACAACUUCUUUGUUGGUGUCGGGGACAUCAACUCCAAUUUCUUGCCCAAACAGCAACCAACGAUGCUACAGAUGGGGAGAAGGUCUAAGCUCAACGAGAGGGGGCACGAAUCCAAACAACAACAGGACGAUGUUAAGGACGACUUGCUCCUGACAGAUAUUAUGAACACGGAAAAGCAACUGCAGGAGAAGAUCGACCAAGAGGUUAAACGACAGGAACACAAGCUCAACAAGGGGAACGCCGCGGGGGAUGAACAACAAACACCGGGCCAGUCAAAGGAGGAAUGGACCAAGAAACUCGAGUUCUCAGCAUCAGUAGAGGUCCAGCAGAAAAACAGACCGUUGGCAACGCUACAGAAACACUUGCAUAACCAAAAACUGCUCGUGGACAACGACGACGAGCUCUUCUACCUAAAGGACAGACUCGCAGAUCUCCACAAGCGGUACUACAGCACUUUGAAGGAGAACCCACAGGACACAAACAUCCAAAGUAUCAUGACACAGUUGAAGACGCGAGUCUUCCAGGACUGCCACUUCGUCUUUUCAGGACUCAUCCCUUUGAACACAAACGUACAAGCUGCCGAUAUAGUCAUAUGGACGAACAAAUUCGGCGCCACGACAACAAACGACCUCGACGAAACGACGACUCACCUGAUCACAAAGACACCGGGCACGAACAAGGCCCGGUUGGCGAAAGCGUUCAACCCGGACAUCAAGAUUGUCCACCCAGACUGGAUCUUUGAAUGCCUGAUCAAAUGGGAAAGGGUAGACGUCAAACCGUACCUGCUGAUCGUGGAAGACCCGGUGUCAGAGGCACAGGUCAGAGAGUUCAAGGAAAAAUUGACCCGUCAGAAAGAGAGGGCAGAGAGACAAACCUCAAGGACAGCACUUCUGCCCGCGAACAAACCCGCGGAACCAGAUAUCGACCUCUUUGCGGGCGGGAUAUCCUGGCUCAACGACGAGGACGACGAAGAGAUCCCCAAGGAAGAUGAAGAGAGCGAAGAUGACGAGGACGAGAACGACGAGAACAACACUACAAUGCUCGACGACGGCGAGCCCGAAACGGGUGGAACUCCGGACAAGAGAUCGCUGUUUGAGAACCCUGACCAACCGGCAGAGAAGAAACCUCGAAUCCAGGACGCAGAACCCUCAUCGGAGAGCGACUCGGAACUCGAGGACGAGCUUUUGAACGUCCUCGAUGAUUAA